AUGGAUUCUUUAUUGAGAAGUUUUAAUCGAAAGAAGAUCGUUGAUCCAAGCACAUUAACCAGCACAGAACUAAACCGCUGUUUAUCAAUAUUUGACCUAACUGUGCUCGGCAUCGGAAGCACUUUAGGUGCAGGGAUAUAUGUUUUAGCCGGAGACGUCGCGAGACAUGACACCGGUCCAAGUAUAGUUCUCUCAUUUUUAAUCGCUGGUAUCGCCUCGAUUCUUUCCGGGUUGUGCUACGGCGAAUUCGGUGCCCGCGUCCCCAAAGCCGGCUCAGCGUAUGUGUACAGUUACGUUACAAUCGGCGAACUGUGCGCUUUUGUGAUCGGCUGGAACUUACUUCUAGAAUAUGUGAUCGGAACAUCGUCAGUCGCUAGAGCCUGGAGCUCGUAUUUUGAUUCCCUCUUUGAUGGUGCAAUUAAGAACUUUACGAUCUCAACGAUCGGAGAAAUGCACGCUUCAGGCAUUGCAGAAUACCCCGAUGUUCUAUCAGUUCUUGUGGUUCUAAUUUUGACUACCGUUUUAGUUGUGGGAAUCAAGAAAACUUCAUGGUUCAAUACGUUGUUCACUGGCAUUAAUUUAUUCGUUAUUCUGUUUAUAAUAUGUGUGGGUGCAUUUUACGCCCGACCCAAGAACUGGUCGAGCAGUUUUAUGCCUUACGGAAUGUCUGGUGUGAUGGCUGGGGCAGCCAGUUGCUUCUAUGCCUUUGUUGGCUUUGAUGUGAUUGCAACCACCGGAGAGGAAGCAAGGAACCCCAGUAGAGCUAUCCCCAUCUCUAUCGUUCUCUCUCUUGGUAAGUAA